UUUUGUUGCAAUUUUAGUACCAAUUCUUUCUUGUGAUUUGUUGUACUUGUUAUGAAGCUCUUAGUGUGCUAAUUAGAAAUUAUUGAAAUAAGAAAUUUUCUGAAAUCUGACAAUUAUGUUAGCAAUCUUGGAAGUAGAUGGUAUCUUAGUUCUCUUUUUAUAGAUAUUCAUGUGUGGGUUUGCAUGUUUUGUUUCGGUUUUCUUUUGUAUGAUAUUGUGGUAUAGUUUGAAGAGAGUGUAAGUUUCUCUGUAACACUGUUGUGUUUUGUUUAAACCUGUAGCUGAUCUAUCUGUGAUGUAUUGAUGUGAUCUUGAUGUUUAAUUUGAUAGUCAGUUAACCCCUUUUGUUUUUUUCUUUCAUGGGGUUCGAUUGUUUAUACAAUUUGUAGUGUUCUUUUUUUCUUGAUAGAAGAUUAUUAAUAUUUGACAAUAUACAGGGAAACAGAUGUCUUUAGACAACUCCUGCGCACAUAAGUGGUUAAUUUUGCGUGUGCACUUGAUGAACCGGGAAAGGCUGGGAAGCUCUGGGUGGAUUUUUUUCCGCCAUUGGACCUGAUAACGAUUAGGAAUUUUGUCUUUCUUGUUUGCUAGCUAGUUACUUCCAGAUUUAUUGGUUUCAAUAAAAUAUUGAUUGUUGGACGUCUUUUUAUUAGCUUUUUCAUGACAAGUUCAUCCCUCAUUCCGGGAUUUCGCUUUCAUCCUACUGAUGUUGAGUUGGUUAUGUACUACCUCAAGAGGAAGUUAUUGGGGAAGAAGAUUAAUACCAAUGCUGUUGCAGAGGUCAACAUAUAUGAUUUCUGUCCAUGGGAUCUUCCAGAUAUGUCCUCCUUGAAAAGUGGAGAUCUAGAGUGGUUCUUCUUCUGCCCAAAAGCACGAAAAUAUUUAAAUGGGUCUAGAUCAAAUCGUGCAACGGAAACUGGGUUCUGGAAAGCCACUGGGAGAGAGAGGCCGGUCACGUACAGGGAAAGAACUGUAGCAAUGAUCAAGACGUUGGUUUUUCACCUAGGAAAUGCACCAAAUGGGAAAAGAACAGAUUGGGUAAUGCAUGAAUACUGUAUGAAAGAUGGGCAUUUGGAUAAUGGAGGAAUUGUUCAGGAUGCGUAUGUGCUUUGUAAAAUCUUUCAGAAAAGCGGUGCAGGACCAAAAAAUGGUGCACAGUAUGGUAAACCAUUCAACGAAGAUGAGUAUGAUGAUGAUGAUGUAGCCAUCUGUUCUGAACCUCAAGCAGUCAUUGGUCCAGAUGGGACUACAAACACUCUGAACCACAAGCAGAAGGGUCCAGCUACAAUGACACUGACUGAACCAGGCUCCUCUACCGUCACAUUUUCUGCAAAUGAGACUACAAACACUAGUAACCACAAGCAGAAGGGUCCAGCUAUAAUGAACACAGCUGAACCUGGCUCAUCUAUGGUCACAUUUUCUGCAAAUGAGACUACAAAUGCUCGGAACCACAAGCAAAAGGGUCCAGCAACGAUGAACACUAGUGAACCAGGCUCAUCUACCGUCACAUUUUCUGCAAAUGGGGCUACAAACGCUUGGAACCACAAGCAAAUGGGUCCAGCUAUAAUGAACACAACUGAACCUGGCUCAUCUAUUGGCACAUUUUCUGCAAAUGAGACUAGAAACGCUCGGGACCACAAGCAGAAGGGUCCAGCCACAAUGAACACAACUGAACCAGGCUCAUCUACCGUCACUUUUUCUGCAAAUGGGGCCACAAACGCUUGGAACCACAAGCAGAAAGGUCCAGCUACGAUGGACAUGAUUGUGCCUCAAAGGACAUGUAGCUUGAUCCAACCAGGUCCAUCUACUUUCAUGUUUUCUGCAAACAAGAGAUGUGCAGAUGUACCUGCCAAUGAUGAUGUGCUGUUUUUGGAAGAUAUGGAUUUAUUUAUGAGGGAAUCAUCUACCGAUGAUGAUGAUGAUGGAUUAUUUUCUGAAGAUGUUGCUUCAAUUAUGGGAGUAUCUACUGAAGAUGUUAAUGGCAACAAUAAGAAAGAGGGGUUUGAGAAAGGGAAAAGUGUUGCAGCUAAUGAUGAGAAUGGUAUUUAUGACAACUUAGACGACCUGUGUAACCUGGACGAUUUGGCAUUCAAGACCGAUGCAGCGGAGCACACACUUGGUACCAGUACUCUCACAGUUGAUGAUUUGAGAGAUUUUUAUGUUGAUUGAAGACCAAGACCAUUGGUCUGAUAAUAGUUUUAGCAAUCUGGUGGUCUACUUCUGUUUGGCCUUUGAUUAUGUGGUUAACUGUACUGAUGGAUUCUCUGUAUACUUGGAUUUUUGCUGGCUGAAUAAAUGUUUUUCCAUUUCUUAUUUCUGA